AUGCCACCAUCUUCGCUCUCGAAUCAACGACGCAGUGGUCUCGGACAUUCUUCCACGGUUGGCCCAGGCGCUCUUAUGGGGAGCGCCAACUACCACGGUCGCAUUCGUUUCCACGAUGGCUCUCCUUCAUGGCUAUUUCGAGUUCCAGGUAUUGCCAGCUUUGCAGUUGGUCUUCCAUCUUCGCUGGUUGUGUACCUUAUUCUCAGCGAAUAUGCAACUCUGACGUUUCUUGAAACCACCGACCGCAGUACGAGCAACUCGAGUAUUCAGUUACGGUACUGGCGUCAGCUUCAUCCUCAUGGAAGAACUACCAGGGAACCCAUGGACAGGCCAAGGAGUUGGCGCUAUGCGCUGCUGCCCAACUUGUUCAGGUAUGGCCGAAACCAAUCACCAACCAAUCGCCAUAUUACUAUUCAGGCUUCCAUUUUCAACCCCUCAUAG